AAAACUGUAACAAAUGAAUUUUCUUUUUUUAAGCCAUCUGGUGUAUCUAUAAAACGAGAUGUGAGCACAAUUAUUAAACAAUCUUACGGAGAUUUUAAAGAAGAUUGUUUUCCGCGUCCAAGUGGUGGUUGCAGAUGCAAUAUUAAAGCUACCGAUGGUCAUGUAACUGUUCGACAAUUCGAUUCGGAAGAUGAAUGUAAAAUACCAAACAAUGUUGCUGUAUCACAAAAGCAAAAAGUCACAGAGGAAAUUAAAAAGAAAUAUGGUGAUUUUAAAGAAAAUUGCUUUCCUAAGCCUUCUGGUGGAUGCAGAUGCAAUGAAAAGCAUUCAAACGGUAGUGAAAUUGUCGCCACGUAUAAUGAAGAAGCGAAAUGUAAAUUACCUAUGCGAUUGAAACGAGGUACAGCUACCGCACAACAAAUGAAUAUUCGGCGUCGUCCUCUACCUUCAGACAAUUUACACGUUAAACCAACGGACGAUUCGAUACGUACAAGAGCAGAAGCUAAUUAUGCGAAAGUGCUCGAUGAAUUACAUAAAAAAUUCCAAGGAUUGAAAGAGGGAUGUUUUCCCAGACCUCGAGGAUGCCUUUGUAUAAUUGGAAAAGAUGGUAAUGGUCGUGAAAUUACCGAAAGACGAAUGAAUGAUGCGGAUUGCAAGUGUAAAGCUGGUGAAAGAGGUCCCGAAUGUCCACGAACAUAA